AUGGCUGUAGUAGACCAGGAUGUGGCUGAAAAGUUUCUGGACAGUAAUCCUGCCUUUGCUAAGGAAUACUACGAUUCCCACUUUAAGGCCCAGGUUGUGGCAAACCUGCUGUCCACAUCCAAGAAGACUGAAGUGGAUAUCAGCCAGUACCAUGAGCUGAGCUCUGUGGAGGAGAGCGAGUUUGUGUUUGACAUGGUGCGGGACCUGCAGGAACACCUACAGAUGGAGAGGGCUCUGUUCAACCUCAUGCGCCAUCUGAGCUUCAUCAUGUGCGUUGACCGUAUGAGCCUGUUCAUGUACCGGCAGAGGAAUGGCACGGCCGAGCUGGCCACUCGCCUCUUCAACGUCCACAAAGAGGCCAUAAUGGAUGAGUGCCUGGUCCCUCCAGAUAGUGAGAUUGUAUAUCCAUUGGAUAUGGGUAUUGUGGGUCAUGUGGCCACCGUCAAGAAGACAGUUAAUGUCCCUGAUGUGACACAGUGCCCCCACUUCAGUGACUUUGUGGACACACUGACAAAUUAUGAGACUAAGAACGUACUGGCGACUCCCAUCCUCAACGGGAAGGACGUGGUGGCUGUUAUGAUGGCGGUGAAUAAGAUUGGUGGCUCCAGUUUCAGCACACAGGAUGAAGAGGCGCUGAACAAAUAUAUGAACUUUGCCAAUCUUGUUCUUCGGGUUUUUCACCUGAGCUACUUGCACAACUGUGAAACCAGAAGAGGACAGGUUUUGCUCUGGUCUGCCAGCAAAGUGUUUGAGGAGCUGACAGAUAUUGAGAGGCAGUUCCACAAAGCCCUGUACACAGUGCGAGCCUUUCUCAACUGUGACCGCUACUCUGUUGGCCUUCUGGACAUGACCAAGACAAAAGAGUUCUUUGACCUUUGGCCUGUUCUGAUGGGCGAGGCACCUCCAUAUACAGGACCAAGGACUCCUGAUGGCAGAGAAAUCAUUUUUUACAAAGUGAUUGAUUAUAUAUUACAUGGAAAAGAGGACAUUAAAGUAAUACCGAACCCCCCUGCUGAUCACUGGGCUCUGGUCAGUGGACUGCCCACCUACGUGGCUGAAAAUGGCCUGAUCUGUAACAUCAUGAAUGCUGCCCAGGAUGACUUCUUCAAUUUUCAAAAAGAGCCUUUGGAUGAAUCAGGCUGGACUGUAAAGAAUGUCUUGUCUUUACCUAUCGUGAACAAGAAAGAGGAAAUAGUUGGCGUGGCGACAUUCUAUAACAGGAAAGAUGGAAAACCAUUUGAUGACAUGGACGAAACACUAAUGGAGUCGCUAACUCAGUUCCUGGGCUGGUCAGUGCUCAACACAGACACUUAUGAUAAAAUGAACAAGCUAGAAAACCGCAAGGACAUCUUUCAGGACAUGGUGCUUUACCAUGUCAAGUGCAGAAAGGAUGAGAUCCAGAACAUCUUGAAUACACGUGAGGUGUAUGGGAAAGAACCAGAUGAAUGUGAGGAAGAUGAACUGGAAGACAUUCUGGCAGAGGCUCUAAUAGACCCAGCUGAAUCAGAGAUCUUUGAAUUUCAUUUCUGUGACUUUGAGUUUUCUGAGCUGGACCUGGUUCUGUGUGGUAUUUCAAUGUACUAUGAGCUGGGAGUGGUGGACAAGUUUCAUAUACCUCGUGAGGUGCUGGUGAGAUUCGUGUACUCAGUCAGUAAAGGCUAUAGAAGGAUUACCUACCACAACUGGAGACACGGCUUCAAUGUGGGCCAGACCAUGUUCACACUUCUCAUGACGGGUGACCUGAAGCGCUACUUCACAGACUUGGAGGCCAUGGCCAUGGUCACAGCCGGCUUAUGCCACGAUAUCGAUCACCGUGGGACAAACAACCUCUACCAAAUGAAAUCUGGGAAUCCACUAGCAAAGCUGCAUGGUUCUUCCAUUCUCGAGAGGCACCAUCUGGAGUUUGGUAAAACCCUGUUGCGAGAUGAAGCUUUGAAUAUCUACCAGAAUCUUAAUCGACGGCAGCAUGACAUUGUCAUCCAUUUGAUGGAUGUAGCUAUUAUUGCCACAGACUUGGCUUUGUAUUUCAAGAAAAGGACAAUGUUUCAAAAAAUUGUGGAUCAAUCCAAAACCUAUGAGAACUGGACUGACUGGACUAAUUACAUGAAGCUGGAGACAACCAGGAAAGAAAUUGUCAUGGCAAUGAUGAUGACUGCCUGUGAUUUGUCUGCUAUUGCCAAGCCCUGGGAGAUCCAGAGCAAGGUGGCACUGUCUGUGGCGGCAGAGUUCUGGGAGCAGGGUGACCUGGAGAGGACUGUGCUUGAACAACAACCUAUUCCCAUGAUGGACAGAAACAAAGCAGAUGAACUACCCAAACUGCAGUGCGGUUUCAUCGAUUUCGUCUGCUCCUUUGUGUACAAGGAGUUCUCUCGCUUCCAUGUGCAGAUCACACCCAUGCUGGACAGGCUACUGAACAACAGGAAGGAGUGGAAUGCUCUUAAAGAAAUACAUGAGGCCAAACUGGCAAAGAUUGAGGAAGCCAAGAAGGCUAAGGAAGAGGCUGAAGCUGCAGCAGCAGCUGCCAAACAGGCAAGCGCAGCCCAGGCCUCCCAGUCCAAGACCUGCAUCCUCAGCUGAGUCUUCAACUGUUCAGAACAGAAAUAUUCCAAAUACAUUCUCUUUUUUAGUUAGGUUUCACAUUUAAGAUUUUAGAAGAUUAGAG